GUGGUUCCGACAGCGGUUGAGGUCUCACAAACCGAAGCGCCGAGGGUGGAAGGUGGAGAUCUACUCAACUGCCUCUCAUUCGGAAUAUCUCUCUGGGAUUCUCUGGACCCUUGUCAGAACAACUUUGAACAACCUCAAACGUUCCCGACACCAUGCAUCUCCACUUCGUCGCCACCGUAUUGUCCCUCACUCUUUCAGUAUUUGCGUCCCCAAUAUCGGAACUCGAGACUGGGAUAGAAGUCACAUUACCGCAUACCAGUCGUCAUCUCGAACCACUUAUCGGUCUUGUAGAAGACAAGAAGGUCAUUCGUGAUGCCGCCAAAUCUGCUGGGUUGGAUGACCCGACGGAGUCUCCCGAGGCAUUGAGCAAACGUAUCAACCGGGGAGGACGUGGUCGGCGACAUGCAGAACCUGAUGGCAAUGCUGUCUCAUUAAAUACUCGCAUCAAUCGUGGAGGUCGCGGUAAACGGGACCCAGAACUGGAGAUCGGCGUCGAAGCUCUUAGCAAACGCGUCAACCGAGGAGGUCGCGGUAAACGAGACCCGGAGGUAGAAAGCGAUGCGGAGUCUCCCAGUCUUGGUAAACGCAUCAACCGAGGAGGUCGCGGUAAGCGGGACCUAGGAUUGGAGAGCGGUGUCGAAUCUCUUAGCAAACGCGUCAACCGUGGUGGUCGCGGUAAACGGGAUCCUGAAGCUGAAGCUGAAGCUGAAAGCAACAUUGAGUCUCACAGCAAACGCAUUAACCGUGGUGGUCGCGGUAGGCGAGAGGCUGAAGUUGAAGCAGAAGGUGACGUCGAGUCUCUGAGCAAACGUAUCAACCGUGGUGGUCGUGGCAGACGAGAUGCUGAAGCUGAGGCAGAAAGCAGCAUUGAUUCUCUGAGCAAACGCAUCAACCGUGGUGGGCGAGGUGGCUAGACAGAUAUCCCAGUGGAGACUUGGGUUGUUUUCCUUGAUUGUUAUUUUUUGUUGGUGUCUGUGCCAGG